AUGCAGCGCCCACGCACCACCGUUGCGGUGCAGCCCCUUGGCUGCACCUUGUUUCUUCUUCUGGCGUGUCUGUUGAACGCCGCAGCGGCCACCAACUGCUCGGCCUUUGCCACCAACGGCUCCGCGGCCGCGCAGUACAGCUACUACCGCUUCUACGACUUCCGGAACCUGCCUGAGGACACCUGGCAGUACGUCAAGAAUGCAUCCGACCCCAACAAUGGCACCGCCGGUGCCUCGACCACCGACAUGGGCUGGUCGCUGGACUGGCAGCGCAGAAACGGCCUGCUGUAUGCGGGCGAGGGAUCCAACCUGCUGCCCAUUGACUACCAGAUGGACAAGGUUGCACCGAGAAACCUGACCCAGGACGAGGCCGAUCCCGGUGCCACCACCGCCCUCGGCUUGUACACGUCCCGACAACAGGAGGACAGGCACCAGUCCAGCGGCAUUGACUUUAACGAGGAGAAGAUCCUCUACCUGUCGCUUCGCGUACGGGCACGCGUCUCGGGCGCCGCUGGCGCCUGCACCGCCUUCUUCACCUACGCCAACGACACCCAAGAAGCUGAUAUCGAGCUCUUGACCCGUGAUGAGCCACACAUUGUCGGUUUCAACACGCAGCCGAGUAUCGACAUCCACGGCAACUACAUCAACGCCACGCACUUCAACACCAGUCUUCCCAACGGUCUUUCGAGGGAUCAGUGGGUCAACUACCGCAUGGACUGGGUGUCGGACCACGUCGUCUGGUACAUCGAUGGGGAGUACAUGGGAAACACCUCCACCCAUGUGCCCGUUGAGCCCAGCCAUCUGUAUAUCACCAUGUGGGGUAACGGGGGUACAUGGACGGAAAACAUGACGCUUGGAGACUCAGCACUGCUCGAGAUCCAAUGGAUCGAGGUGGCUUACAACCUGAGCGGUGCCGAGCCUACCGUCGACGCCAAUGCGGCCGUUUGCAACCUGGACGAGGCGAAGUCGUCAGGCAGCUGGAACCCCCAAUCUUUACCGGCACCGCACCACUACGAGGCAUCGGCUGGGUACAAGCUGGGCAUGAGCACUCUUUUCAUGCUGGCCGCUGUGCUAUUUACGCUAUAA